GUAAUUUAGUAUAUUCUGCGGGAAAAAAAAAAUCAAAAUUGUACGGACUGUUGAAAGUCAGAUCUGUAAUUGUAAAUACUCUGUUUGGAUUGAAAUGAAUUAAAUUGAAAAUUUGAAACAAGGAUGAUCAGCUUCAGCUUCGAAUGAGUUGGUUGUCAAUGAUAAUGGAUAGUGAAACGGCGUCGUCGGUCAAUGAACAUGCAGCGGCGGCGGCGGCUUCGAGAGGAGGAACAACGGACACCACGGGGCGGCAUCGUAUUCUGGCUGAACUCAAGCGUGUUGAGCAAGAAUCAAAGUUCUUAGAGGAGGAGUUGGAAGAGCUUGACAAAUCAGAAAACGUCUCAACCACAUGUGAAGAGUUGCUGCUAUUCAUAGAAACCGGACCUGAUCCUCUACUCCCAGUAACAACUGGCCCAAUAAACCCUAUUUGGGAUCGAUGGUUCGAAGGGCCUCAGGAUGCACAAGGUUGCAGAUGCUUGAUACUCUGAUUUGUUGCUGUCUAACAUUGAUCGCCACUUAUUCCUCGAGACUUCACCGUAUGUUAGGAUCGAACGGGUUAACAUCUUACGCCAUAAUUGUUGAACAAAUUUUUCCCACUGUGCAUUACCAAAUUCUUUAGGUUAUUCUUGUUGUGUGUACAAUAUUGUCUAUUCAGAUGAGAUUUGUAAAUCAAUUACAUUCACUGCAGAAAUUCUGACCAAGUCGAUUUAUCGAAUGAAUUUGUUUGUAAUA